CUUCAUUCUCAAUUAUUGCACGACCCUGCCGUCCAGAUGGAAUUCAAUGAGAGACAUUCGUGAGCUACACAUCGUCGGUGAAGUGCGCAAAAUAUGUUUCUCAUCGGAAUUGUCAUCAUUUGUGCUUUUUUGCAUCUGUUGCUUAAAUGGAAUUACUCAUAUUGGCAGAGAGAUGGUGUUCCGGGACCAAAUCCUUCGAUCUUAACUGGAAACAUUGGUCCUGCCAUCGCUCAGAAGAAACACCUGGGAAUGCUAGCGGACGACUGGUACAAGAAAUUCUCCAAUCUUCCCUUCAUUGGUUACUACAAUGUCUUAACACCGGCAAUCAUGAUAAGAGAUGUGGAGCUUAUAAAGAACGUUCUAAUAAGAGACUUUACGUCUUUUCUGGCAAAUGAACGAGCAAUAAAUUACGAUCCCCACGAUAUGAUAGCAGAAAAUCCAUUUUUCCAGACAGACGAACAGAAAUGGAAAUUGAGUCGCUCCAUAAUGUCACCAAUGUUCACCACGAACAAAAUGAAAUCAAUAUUUCCACUUAUGAAGAAACCUUGCGAUAGUUUGAUUAAAUAUAUCAAUCAAGAGGGAAGUGAAGCUGAUCACGAGGCGAAAAGUCUCUCUGCAAAAUUCACAACUGAAAAUGUGGCGUCAUGUGUUUUUAGCUUGGAAGCCAAUUGCUUCGAUGAUCUAAAUAGUGAAUUUCGACGAAUGGGAAGGACAUUAUUCAAACCAUCGUUUUGGUUGGGCAUCAAAUUCACAGUAAUGCAAUUGUUGCCAUUUUUCGAGCGACUCUUUCGCGUAUCUUUCAUCCCAAAACCAGUGGCAGAAUGGGCAAAAAGACUGGUCAAGGAGAAUGUGAAAUCCCGCCAACACAGAGAACUUGAUUGCGAAGAUAUGUUGCAGAUUCUGCUGGACAGUCAGGACAAAUUCAGCAUAUCACUGAAUCAAAUUGCAGGUCAUGCUGUGUCUCUCUUUGUCGAAGGCUUCGAGACUUCAAGCUCCGUUUUGUCUUUUGCCUUGUGGGAAAUUGCUCGCCAUGAAGAGAUUCAACAGAAAGUCUAUGAAGAAAUCAAGAGGGUUCUAGAGAAACACAAAAAUACCCUUUCGUACGAAGCGAUAAGUGAAAUGGAAUAUCUAGACUUGGUCAUUCAAGAGACUCAACGUGUCAACACUCUCUUUCCAGUGAUGAAGAAAGUGUGCACAAAGCCAUAUGAAAUGCCCAAACUGCCUGGACAGAAGCAACCAACGAUCCUCCAACCGGGAACAACUGUUCUCAUUCCUGUUUACUCCCUGCACAACGAUCCUGAAUUCUAUCCUUGCCCAGAGAUCUUCAAUCCACACAGAUUCACCGAAGAAGAACGACAAAGUCGGCCAAAAUGUACCUUUUUGCCUUUUGGCGACGGUCCCCGAAUUUGUAUUGGAAUGAAAUUUGGCAUUUUACAGACAAAAAUGGCUCUUGUGAGUAUCUUAAGUCACUUCAAGAUCAAAAAGUCUCCAAGUUGCCAACAAUUCGCCAUGGACAUGAGAUCAUUGGCACUACAAUCUCGGAAUGGAUUAAUUCUAAGAUUUGAGAAGAGGAAAUAAACAAAAUGAAACCUUAUCAAGUUCGUUCCUUAGUCUUAUGUGCUAUGUCUUAUGUGUAAAGAAAAAUGUAAGAUAAUCAAAUAAUAUUCCAAGAAAAUGCUAUCGUAUGAAACAUUUUGCUAUAAAUUCAACGAAAAUUCUAUAUCAAGUUCCAGUCUUUUGUGCUUUU